AUGCGCAACGCUCUCGUUCUUGCUGCACUCGCAGUCACUGCUAUUGCUGGACCUUGCAAGCCCACGGGUUCUUCCACCGAGCUUCUGUCGACCACGAUCAGGUCGACCGAGUCAUCCUACGUUAAGUCCUCCGUCGUCAACGAAGAAACAUCCUCAGCAGCCGUCACUGAGAGCACAGACGUAGUCACCUCCAUCGCCAGCUCGGAUGCGACCACUACUGCCGAAGCCACCACGACCUCAGGCUCCGAGUCAACAACAACAGCUCCACCAGAUGAUAGCUGUGCAGAAAGCCUCUACGAUAUGAAUGGCGAGCCUGAGUUCACAGAUCGUAUUGCCGACUGUCAGGAACUCAAUGUAGUCACAGUCAGCUCAUAUGAAGUGACUAUGACAGUGUACAAGCGUGGGAACGUUAUAAUCAUUCCUACAAAUGCGAUUGUCCGUCGUGCGGAGGGCGAGGCGGCAACGACUAUCUUCCCGACGGAUAUCCCCGCUUAUGCUACAUACUGUAAUAACCCAUCAGCGUACUACGAGGCUUGCUCUCAGUUUGGUGUUACUGCGUUCACAACUACAAUUCCGGAACCUACGACUACUGAAGUUAUUAUUACUAAUUAA